CAGCAGCAAAGUCUGGGAGGGUUUCCUGGACAGAGGUCCUCGUAGCUGCUAUCUUAAGACGUGCAGUCCUGGCGGAGGCUGCCACUGCUCUCUGACUUGGCCCACUGCAGGCACCAACAGCGCCAGGCACAGCAGCAUGGAGCUUUGGGGGGCCUACCUGUUCCUCUGCCUCUUAUCCUUCCUGCCCCAGGUCAUGGCCGAGCCACCAACCCCCAAGGCCAAGAAGGCAGCAAAUGCCAAGAAAGAGGUCGUAAGCCCAAAGAUGUUUGAGGAGCUCAAGAGCCAGCUGGACAGCCUAGCCCAGGAGGUGGCCCUGCUGAAGGAGCAGCAGGCCCUGCAGACAGUCUGCCUGAAGGGCACCAAGGUGCACAUGAAGUGCUUCCUGGCCUUUGCCCAGGCCAAGACCUUCCACGAGGCGAGCGAGGAUUGCAUCUCGCGUGGGGGCACCCUGGGCACCCCGCAGACGGGCUCCGAGAACGACGCCCUCUACGAGUACCUGCGCCAGAGCGUGGGCGCCGAGGCCGAGAUCUGGCUGGGCCUCAACGACAUGGCGGACGAGGGCGCCUGGGUGGACAUGACCGGCGGCCCCAUCGCCUACAAGAACUGGGAGACUGAGAUCACGGCGCAGCCGGACGGCGGCAAGGCCGAGAACUGCGCCGUCCUGUCGGCCGCGGCCGCCGGCAGGUGGUUCGACAAGCGCUGCCGCGACAAGCUGCCCUACGUCUGCCAGUUCGGGAUCGUGUAGCCGGCCUGUGGGCGCGGGCAGGAGCGGGGGGCCGGGGGAGGCCUGGGGAGGCCUGCUGGGGGGGCCUCCUUGUACAAAUAAAGUUGCUGCAGCUUCGGGGGGAG